AGUAGAAGUCAACCUCAAUCCUCAAUUUAAAUAUAGAUAAGAAAUUAAAAAAAUAAUCGAAUCAACAGGUCAAAUUUCUGUUUUCAUAGCCAUUGAAAUUAAUAGUGGGUUUGUCUUUUAUAUAAUAUGACCAUUUUGAAAAUAUAUAAACCUGAAGAUUCUGAGGAGGCCAAUGCUGUAAGCACCCUAUAUGAUGGAGAACAUUUUGUUGGAAGAGAUAAACUUUCCGGUUGCCAUGAUAAGAGGGUGUCUAGGAAACAUGCUCUAAUCCAAGUUAGGGCGGAUGGAGUCACUCUCACAGCGGUUCAUGUGAAUCCAUGUUACUUCAAGUCAUCAAAUGAGAACUUGAUUCAAGUUGUAAGAAAAGAUUGCACUGUCACUUUGCAAAAUGCUGAUCAAUUUUCCUUCCUCAUGGAUUUGUGUUGGUACAAAGUGAAAGUAAUUUCAAGUAAUGAUAUCACUCCGCAGGAUACUACAUCGGUAAAUCCUUUCAAGGAACUCAAAAGAGGCUUAGACCAUAACGAGGGCAAUGAUACAUGUAAACGGUUGAAAACUUGUAACGUCAAUGAUCAAACUGUUUCGGUAACCCCAGCAAAGGUUUCGAACAUUGACGCAAAUGGCCUAAUCAAAAGUUUGAAUAUUAUAAUAAACGAAGAUUAUGGCAGAGCAAGUACUUCUACUAGUCUCUUACAAAAUGGCGAAGAAAAUAGACAUGUACCCUCCAACUCUGAAGUUAGUAAAGAAUGUCCACAGAACAAUAAUGAACCUGAUCGUUCUGUGUCCGGCGAUAAUAUACAAAGUAAUGAGCAACCUUGUGAAUCCAGUGAUCAACCAUCAAAAACAACUGCUGAAAAACCUGCACCUUCAGUACCUUCAAAUGAGUUGGUAAACGAAGAUAUUAACAUCCAGCAAGAAACUUCUCCUCAUGCUAGUGUACCAUACGACGUAGUUCAUGUAAAAGUGAAAGAAGAGGUUGUGGAAACUGAAUCUGACUCAUUCAUGGAACAAAGUGGUGACAAUUUGAAUGUGACUUGUAACCCCUCAGAAUCAAUCAAUUUAGCGUGCCCUGAUGAUACAGAAACUAAUGUGAAUUUCAAUUCUUCGACGCAUGCUGUACCCAAUACUUUGUUGUCAGUGGAUAAUAUAAAAAAAGAAGCACCAGAUAAGGAGGAUAAUAGUUUGCAGAAUGGCGAUACCAAUGGUCCCAGCAGCAGCAGUGGCAAGAAUAAAACUUGGAGGGAUCGGUGCUGGUAUGGUCAUAGUUGUUACAGAAAAAAUCCAACGCAUCGUUCAAACUUGAGUCAUCCCGGCGAUGAAGACUAUGACAGUGACUCUGCUGACGAUCGACCUGCCUGUCCUUUUGGUGCUACUUGCUACAGAGUUAAUAUGGAGCACCGGCGCAAGUUCAAACAUCUUGGUAGACCGGCUCCAAAACCGGCCAAUGUUAAUGUGCAAAUAAAUGUGAAUAGAAACUGUCCAUUCUGUUCUCACUGCGGUAAUAAUAAUUACCGUAAGCCUGGGUAUGAAAGUGAUCAUGAUUCUGAUGGUGCUAAUGAACUUUGAGAGUUAUUUUAAGUUUUAUAAAAUGACUCAAAUUUUACAUUUUCUUGGUUUUUCUUGAAAUGUAUUUCAUUAUUUAUGGUCCUUUACCUGUUUAUUUCUGUUACCUGCAUAUUUUAUGCUGACUUUAUCAAUUAAAAUGCAGAAAACCAAACUCAA